CAACAGGAACCUCAUCUGUUGCAAACACUUUGAGCCUUCCUUAUUUCUCAGAGAGGAAGUAUGUGGCCUGUUUGGCAAAUGCUGCUCUACAUGACAGCGUGAACUUCACAACACACUCAUUCGACCGGCUGCUCCUCGACUUGAUCAGCUAAACCUUGCUGGCAGCAUGAGAGCAGUACUAUGACUACGGCUUUUUUCAGAAAUACUGCAACCUGGAAUGCCAUGCCUAGCAUUUAAAGUUCCGAAGAACUUGGACAGAAUUAGCAAGCACAAUGGGAAAUGCUGUGAAAACUCCAAGAGCAUCUGAGGAAACAAACAUGCCGAGCCAAACGGGUCAGGAGAGUGACUUCCUUGCUGUUCUCUAUGACUAUCCUUCAGCAGACAUAAGCCAACCUAUAUUUCACGUAGGAGAAAAACUACGUGUGCUAUCAGAUGAAGGAGGCUGGUGGAGAGUCCAUUCCCUCACAACAGGCCGAGAAAACUAUAUUCCAGGAAAAUAUGUAGCAAAGGUUUAUCACGGCUGGUUAUUUGAAGGCUUGGGAAGAGAAAAAGCAGAGGAACUUCUACAGUUACCCAACACCAAGGUCGGUUCCUUCAUGAUCAGAGAGAGUGAAACCAGGAAAGGGUUAUAUUCCUUGUCAGUGAGGCACAGGCAAGUGAAACAUUACAGGAUCUUCCGCCUCCCAAAUAACUGGUAUUACAUCUCCCCACGGCAAACCUUCCAGUGCCUCGAAGACCUUGUCAAUCACUACUCAGAAGUUGCUGAUGGUCUCUGCUGUGUCCUUACAACACCUUGUCUCACCCAGUGCACUAACAACAACACUGUGACGAAUCCAGUUCCUCCUGUGGUGAUGCGGAAUAAAAAUUUCAGCUGGAGAAACAUUCACAGGCUGGAGGUGACUGAAGAUACCAAAAGCACCCUGGCAGCAAUGGAUGACUCUUGCCUCAGCUAUGGCCUGAGGGAAAGCAUCGCUUCCUACCUCUCCCUGACUGAGGAUGACAACACUUCUUUUGCAAGUGCCAGGAAGAAGAAAUCCCAAUCUCUCAUAUACACAGGGAGCAAACGUAAGAGUGCUCUUCACUUGCCACCUACAUACUAUGACGACUAAAUAUAAGACAAAAAGGAAAAAGCCACAAACUGACGAGUUAGAAGAGAAACCAGAGCAUGCUGUGGUCCUGCUGUCCUUCAACAGCUGGGAAAUACAAUCAGCUAAGCUGCUGACCAAGUGUCAGCAGUGCUUCUGCAUUUCUUCUUCUGAAUGUUAACCAGAGACCCUCCCAAGGAUAUUUCAGCCAUGGUAUAUGCUGGGAAUGUCCCCAGCACACCAGAAGUGGUUCACAAGCUGGACAGAGACAGACUCUAAGUCAAAAGCCAAGUGGUGCACGUGACCCCUCAGCAGGGGCGAUGCCCAGCAUUGUACAGAGGUGUACAGGGAAGGACUAACUGCAGCUCAAGAACUUAAAUUAAAUCUUAGUCUGGUAUUCUCCACAAGGCUGAAAGCCUUCUUUACAGAACCUAUCUACACUGAAAAAAGGAGCAUUUUUCUUCUCAAGAUAGACUUAACCAUUGUCAUCAAGAAUGGGUCAGAAAGACAUCAAAAACUGCAGGAAAGUAUCUAACAUCUGGCAUCAAAGAAACACCUGAUUAUAGUGACUCCAUACUUAUCUUUUAGGAGAAAAAAUUAAAAUCACUGACUUUACAAGUGGCAUUUAAUUAACUGGCUGGAUAUGUCCUGCAGUGUCAUAAAAUAGUCACAAAAUUAGAGAACAAGCUUAAUUCACUGAGAAAAGCUGUUUCUGCUUAUACCUGAGAUGGGAGCUCAGGCAUAUCCAAACAUGUAACUCAACUACUCAUAGUAAAGCAGAUAAACAGAGAAAAAAGAGGAGUUCAAUUGAAAAGAUGUGAUGAUAUUGUGCCUAACUGCAAAGGUUGGAUUGCAAAGGUGUGACCUUUUAAGUGUACGUGGAGAUAUUUUAACUUUGACUUCUGAAGUCAGCCACAUAUUUAUGUAUAAUAUUUAUAUUAACAGCAGCUUUUAAAAUAAUUAAACUAAGGGAAAAAAUCAGUAACUGUGGAUGUUAGAGAUUUUUCCUAAUUUCUUGUCUGACUAGAGUUAUGUCAAAAAGUAAUUACACUUUCCAUCAAACCACUUAAGGAUUAGAGGAUUUUUCUGAAAUUUCAUUUAUUUUUUACAGGUAUGUACCCUUUUUUAAAUUCUAAAAGACAAGUAGCAUUUUCCUUUGAGUGAUCCAAGGGUCACUCUUGUCUGAAUGUGUAAAAUGCUGCAACUUAUGCUCUCAAGGUGAGAUAGUUUCAAUCCCAUAUUCUUCUUUACCUUUUUGCACUGAUUGGAGUAAUGAAAAUUUGGAGAAAUAGAGAAUUUGAGAGGUUAUAUAAAUAUAUAUGUAUAAUCUCUGAACACCUCUUAGAACAAAUUAUGUGUUAUUUAGAUCUUGUAUCAGGUCAUUUGCACUAGCAAUCAAAAUAUUUCACAGCCUGUUUAAGCAUAUUUCAGUACUUAAAGAAUGAAUGUAAUUUGGCUGGUAAACAUUGAAUUCCAAAAAGCAAAACACACUCAGGAACUCUAGGCAUUUGUAUAAUCUGAUUACUAUUACUGAUAAUCAAUACAUUAUGGUGACUGCAUUUUAUCCAUGAAAUGUAUAUGGGGAGCAUUUCAGAUUUCUAAGUCAUGACUUGUAUUUAUUCAUUAAAAUAAUAUUCAGUAGUUA